AUGAUUAUACCCCAGAAAGCUAAUAAAAUAACUAUAUCCCAGAUAACUAAUAUAACUAUAUUUCAGAGAGCUAAUAUAACUAUAUUCCAAAUGGCUAAAAUGACUAUAUCCCAGAAGGCUAAUAUGACUAUCUCCCAGAAAGCUAAUAUAACUAUAUUUCAGAGAGCUAAUAUAACUAUAUUCCAAAUGGCUAAAAUGACUAUAUCCCAGAAAGCUAAUAUGACUAUAUCACAGAAAGCUAAUAUAACUAUAUUUCAGAGAGCUAAUAUAACUAUAUUCCAAAUGGCUAAAAUGACUAUAUCCCAGAAAGCUAAUAUGACCAUAUCCCAGAAAGCUAAUAUAACUAUAUUUCAGAGAGCUAAUAUAACUAUAUUCCAAAUGGCUAAAAUGACUAUAUCCCAGAAGGCUCAUAUGACUAUAUUUCAGAGAGCUAAUAUAACUAUAUUCCAAAUGGCUAAAAUGACUAUAUCCCAGAAGGCUAAUAUGAAUAUAUCCCAGAAAGCUAAUAUAACUAUAUUUCAGAGAGCUAAUAUAACUAUAUUCCAAAUUGCUAAAAUGACUAUAUCCCAGAAGGCUAAUAUGACUAUAUUUCAGAAAGCUAAUAUAACUAUAUUCCAAAUGGCUAAAAUGACUAUAUCCCAGAAGGCUAAUAUGAAAAUAUCCCAGAAAGCUAAUAUAACUAUAUUUCAGAGAGCUAAUAUAACUAUAUUCCAAAUUGCUAAAAUGACUAUAUCCCAGAAGGCUAAUAUGACUAUAUUUCAGAAAGCUAAUAUAACUAUAUUCCAAAUUGCUAAAAUGACUAUAUCCCAGAAGGCUAAUAUGACUAUAUUUCAGAAAGCUAAUAUAACUAUAUUCCAGAAGGCUAAUAUGACUAUAUUUCAGAAAGCUAAUAUAACUAUAUUCCAAAUGGCUAAAAUGACUAUAUCCCAGACGGCUAAUAUGACUAUAUCCCAGAAAGAUAAUAUAACUAUAUUCCAGAUGGCUAAUAUAAUUAUACCCCAGAAGGCUAAUAUAACUAUAUCCUAG